CCGGUGUAGAGGUUUAUCCAGACCAUGAAUUCAGUAGUUCUUUGUGGCAACGUUGAAGAUCCAUAUUUGCUUAACGGGUUGCAGUGAAAUUCGAGGGCAGCGUAGCUUGGUUAGUAGGAGUAACGGCGCCGUCGAGGAGGAAGAACAUGGUCACUUGGAUCCGAGCAGGUCUCCUGAUUUAUCUAUGUCAGUUUUUGGCACCUAUAAGUUCGGGCAGUGACGAGGCUAAAUUACACGAAGGAAAGACGAGAGAAAAAAGGGGCGCUGUGUAUCCUGUUGGAACCGUCUUGCAGUUUUCCGUCGCUUUGGCCUACCCAAUCGAGAUCCCGAAACGGAAAGCGGCCACAAAUUUGGGCGUCUUGAUUAACAUCGACCUACCAUUCAACAUCACACAGCUUUACCCGUACACGCCGGAAGUAGACCAGGCCCGAGCUUUGUCGCAUGACGCAUUAUAUGACGAUUUGGCACGGAUUCUUAGCGAGCAUGGAUUUAAUGGUCAAGAAUGUAUCCUCAAAAGCAUAUGCCAAAUAGCGGGACGGAAAUCCGAAAAGGACGAUCUGGGCCACAGUUUUCUUCAACUUCUUUUCAGGCCGAAGUUUCUAGGAAAUUGCACUGACGCAAAAAGCACACUUAUCAAGGAGGCAAGAGUGGCGGGCAUCCUCCAUGUUGACUGCAACUUCAAGUACAACAUGUGUCCAACAUCUUUUUUGGAUCUAAUUACAUCAUAAU